UCUGGUGCAAACAGCAAGCUCGGUAACAUCGCUCGCAAGAACCUAACUGAAGACCAGAAGCGCAGCAACCACAUCCGCUCUGAGCAGAAGCGCCGCAACAUCAUCAAGCAGGGCUAUGAAGAUCUCAACGAACUCGUCCCCAACCUCAAGACUGGCGGCUUCAGCAAGAGUGCCGUUCUU